AUGGCCUCGUGCUAUGCUAUAGCGUCCAACGAGAAGACUGUAGUCCUCGCACAUCUAUCUCUACAUGACCACUCUCCGUCUGUCCUUGCAGGUGGCAAGAAAGCUGCAAGACUAGCGGAGCAAGCCCCAAAAAGACGUGAGCGCCGGCAUCGAGCCCAAGGCCGCGUUUUAUGCUUCGUUAGCAUGAAGCACGUCAGUCUGCACUCUGUUGUAGCAAUCCGAACCUUUAAGGAAAAUACAGAGUGUGUGCCACACCUCACGGAUGGAGACCUCAAAUAUAUCGGCGAGCAGGGCGGCAACACUGCUGAUGUUGCGUACCAAGAGGCGAGCGGAGCCCCUGUCGAGACGAUUUCGCCGUUGGGAUACAACGUUGGACCUAUCACGAUUUUGUUCUUGAACUUGUCGAAGAUGGUCGGCACGGCCGCGGCGAUUCUCAAAGGCACAGGCUCGGUUGGGCUCAGUCUGAUUUUCUGGACCAUUGGCUUCUUCACGUCCGUCUCUUCGCUCUCCGUUUAUCUAGAAUACGCAGCGUACUUUCCGUCUCGCUCGGGCUCCGAAGUCGCGUAUCUCGAACAGGCAUUCCCGCGGCCCAAGUGGCUUUUCCCAACCACCUUUGCAAUACAAUCUGUCAUCUUGUCUUUUAGCUCUGGAAAUGCAGUAGUCAUGGCCAACUACCUGUACAAAAUCGGAGACUACAACGCCAAGGCGUGGGAAACAAAGGGCCUUGCCGUCGCGUGCUACACGGCCUCGGUGUUGGUCGUCCUGUUCCACACCAGGGCAUCUUACUGGAUCAGCAACGCGAUCGGCGCGGUCAAACUUGUAACGUUAAUAUUCAUCAGUAUCCUCGGGUUGGUGGUACUGGGUGGACACACCAAGGUCAAGGACCCUUCCGCCCGAUUUAAGGAUGCUUUCGACGGCAGCCCAUCAGCAUAUGGUGUCACGAAUGCCAUGUACAAGAUCAUCUUUGCGUAUGCUGGGUAUGAAAAUGCAUUUAAUGUCGUCAACGAGGUCAAGAACCCUGUCAAGAGCAUCCGAAACAAUGGAUUCGGUGCAGUGCUGCUCGUCGCCAUUUUGUACAUCCUGGCCAAUGUCGCGUAUUUCGCCGCGAUUCCCAAGGACGAGAUUCUGGCCGGGAAGACAAUUGCCGCUGGUCUCCUUUUCACAAAGGUGUUUGGGGACCACGGUGCUGUUCGUGGCCUCAACUUUCUCAUUGCACUCAGCUCAUUUGGCAAUCUCAUUGCCGUCCUUCUGGGCUCUUCGCGAUUGAUCAGAGAAUGCGGUCGACAAGGCGUGCUUCCCUGGCCACAGUUCUGGGCAUCAACCAAGCCAUUCGGUACGCCAAUCGGACCAUACUUUACCAAAUGGGCCCUCACUGUUCUCGUGAUCCUGGCAGUACCAGCGGGUGACGCGUUCUCGUUCAUUACCGACCUUCAAGUAUACCCCUCGGCCUGUUUCAAUCUCCUCAUGGCCGCCGGGCUCUACGUGCUACGGUACCGUCGCAAUCGGCUGGGACUGCCCAAGCCAGCAUUCCAGGUUUGGCACGUCGUACUCAUUUUCAACAUCUUGGUCCAGCUCUACCUGAUCAUCAUGCCGUGGUAUCCGCCCACUGGCGGAGCGAAAGGCGGAGAUGUCAGUUUCUGGUACGGCACUUAUAUUGUUGUUGGGAUCGGGAUACUCAUUAUCUGCGGGCUGUACUACUGCACCUGGAUCAUUUGGCUGCCUAAGCUCAAAGGCUACAAGGUUCGGCAAGAGGUUCUUGAUCUCGGGGAUGGAGCGCAAACGCAUGUGCUUGUCAAGGUGCCAAAUAGCGAGGUUGGCGAAUGGGAUGCGCGACAUGACCCGUAUGGCAGAAAGGUUGAUCCAAACGAUCUGAGUACCGAAGGUAGUCGUAGUUUCUAG